GUGAUUUUUGGAGAAAAUCCCGUGAGAUUAGCUAGUGUUUUGGCCAAUUUGUGGGAGUGGAGUUACUGUUCACGUCGGGGGUCACUGUUCACCGGCACUAUUCACCGGUUACUGUUCACACCCCGAGGGCCAACAAUUAACGGGAAUUUUAAUGAUUAGUUUGUGAUAUAAGAACGAUUUUGGAGAUAUUUGAUCAUGUGGAGAUUUAUGGAAAUAGCAUUGUGAUUAUGAAUGAUCCUAAUGAUGAUUUCAGUGUGAAUUUGUGAUAGCACGGUAUUAAUUCUGAGGUGUUUUGAUUAGGUUCCCGAUCGUUCUGUCAGUUAGUGCGUGAAUUGAGUGCUCGGUUUAUGCGAGUGAGGAAGUGAAACCGAGGACGGGAAACCACGGGAAGUGACGAGUUAGAAGGCUAGCCAUAUUGUAAUUGGAUAUGAAUUUUAGAAACAAAUCAUGAUCUUGUAUUUGGAGAUUUUAUGAUAUCAGAGUAAAUUUUAAAGAUUUGAUCUUCAGAUUUUGAUAGUAUUAGAUUGUGAUUUUGAUGGUAUCAGAUUGUGGUGUGAUAAGUUCCGAGCCUUGUGCAUUUGUGGGACCCGUCUCACGAGUGCACGGCGUCUGUCGCGUCCCUGGAUUUGGGUUCUGGGGCGUGACAGAUUUAAUGGGAGUUGCAGAGACUUUUGUUAUUGAUCCUGUUAGUCUCUACAGCAUAGCUGGUGGAGAAUUUGUUUUGUUUGUCACAUGACCAGUGGAGGAUGGGUAAACCCUCUACUUUGCAAGAGAUUCAAGGCUAUUUUAGCAAAUGUUGUGUGUUUUUUGAUGCAUUUUAGGAGCUGGAUAACUUGGUAAUUCCGUUGCUCCUUAUCUUUCUGAAAGUCUUGUAGUGAAGUUUCACUUUUUCCAUUUGGAGCUUCAUGGUCUUUUCAUGUGGCUCAUUUGUUUGUAUUGGUUAAUCAAGAGCAGUGAUCAUUCAAUUGAAAUUGCCAUGUUUUGUGAAGAUUGGCAAACUGUCAUAAAGUUAAACUCCUUUGUUGCCAAUCUCUACAUUCUUGAUAUCUGGAAAUUGCUUGAAACUCUUGAAAUCCAUCUUGAAUCUUUUUUUGAUAUUGCUUUGUACUUGUUCUUGAAACUGAAAUCCAGAAAUGGAUAAUGAUUAUUGAAAUCCUCAUUAUCUGGAUACUUGUUUGAAAUUAAUUCUUGCAUUGUUUUUGGAAUCUAGUUUGAGUUGUCCUUGAAAACCAUUCUUGUUUUGAAAUUGGUUCUUGUUCAAAUUCUGUAUACUGCUCUUGCUCAAAUCUUGCAUAUUCUGCUUGUUCUUGUUUCGGUAUACUUCUUGAUCUUCUUGAUUCUUGGUUUUUGUUGAUAUGGACACCUCUUUAGGAGGGGUGAUGAUUAUUAGAAGAUACCUAUAUGACACAUCCUUGUUCUUGUCUCUUGCAAGUGUUAAUCUCUGUAUCUUUGAUGUCUCAGCUUUGACUUGACUCUAGGAUGACUUGAUUGUAAACCUGCUUAGUCUCCAUGAGCUACGAGGUAAAGGGGUAGUCCUUGAAAUACUUGAUGCCCUAGAGUUUUGUUCCAAGUGAAAUGGUUCUUUGAUCUGGCUGCUUGGAUUUUUGUUUGCCCUUUUAAUUAGAAGACAUGAAUCUUCUAAGCAUCUUGAUCCCAGCCAUUGCUUUGUUCUGUUAAUUAAUUCUAGUACUUGAG